UCAGCGGAGCGACAUAACCUAAAAAUACUUAAUUAAAAGUUUAUUUGCAAUAAGAGAUUAUCGCAUAAUAUUUAAGUUUUAACAUGAAAUUAAGCCUGCUCUGCUAGUAGUUUAAGAUCAUCCAAUACUGUAGUAAGACGUUAAGUAUGAAUUGUUUGCGAUUGCUGAACGCGAGCCAUAAAAAUCUAUUCAAAGUUUCUUCAAUCAAAUAUGCUACCCAUCCACUGAAGUUUUUGGAAGCACAGUCGAAGUGGCAAGAAAAAGAUGGUGUGUCGAAGAGAUGGCAGUUGAUAUACAAAGCACCCAUGGACACACAACUAAACUAUGCGACAACUUACCUUACUUUGUCGACCGUCUCUGUGGCUGCGGGCGGAUUGUACUAUGCUUCAGUGAUUGACAAAUCCGCAUUUAAUGAUCCAGUAGUAAUAGGAACAGAUGUUGUUAUAGCUAACAGCCCAACGGAAUGCCUUGUUUACAUCGGAGCGUUUGUAGCCUUUCACAUAAUGCUUAAAGUAUUACUCAACAAAUAUGUCCUUCGACUCUACCAGGAUGGAGACAAUUACAUAGCCGUGUUCAGAGGGCACAUGUUCAAUACCAUCUUCAAACACAAGUUCCAUCUGAAGGAAUUCAAGAAGCUGAAUCCCACUAUUCUAGUGUCCUGGGGCGACGCUAGAUUUGACCUAGGAAAUAAGCAUGGGAUAAUCCUUGAGAACUACUUUAAAACUCCGGAGCAUUUUAAUUAUUUAUUGUACAAAAAUCAGAGACACAAGCCUGAGGAAGAUGAGGAAUAAUUACUAAGUACUAGUCAUUUAAAAAUCUAUCAAUACCAAUACCAACCAAUAUUUAUGUAAUAAAGUAGUACAUAAAUA